AUGGCUUUGUUGGAAUAUUAUGCGAAGGAGUUCGACAAGGACAGUAAGUUUGCGGGCCAAGUAGAAGCGUGGGCGGAAAAGUUGGAGAAAUUUUACGACGAGUUUCACCGGACGGUGGUGAAAUUGGAGAUGUUUUCCACCGAUAAGGAGCCAAUCGACCUGAAAAAGGAACGGCAGUUGUUCGACGGUCGCUAUUAUGCUCUUCGGUCCUUCUACUUGGCCAAACUGGCGAAGAAAAUACGUUCUUCCCCUUCUGCCAACCCCGCACCAUCGAGACCAAUGAACAUCAGGCUUCCGGAGCUUAACCUACCCAAGUUUAGCGGUAAGUUGGAAGACUGGUGUGUUUUUCGCGAUUCGUUUGAAUCCGCUGUAGGUUCCCGGAGCGACAUCAGUGCGGUCGAGAAAAUGCACUAUCUGAAGGGCCUCGUUCAAGGAGAGGCAGCGCGCAUUCUCGACCCUAUCAAAAUAAGCGAACAGGGCUACAAGGACGCUUGGCGAACGUUGCGGCUGCGUUUUGAGAACAACCGGCAGUUAAUCAAGUGUCACAUUCGGACGCUUUUCGACACUCCAACAAUGCGCAAGGAAUCAGCUGAAGAUCUGCUUGCGCUGAUCGAUCGCUUCGAGCAGCAGAUCUCCGUUCUGAAAAGCUUGGGUGAACCAGCAGACCGAUGGAGCUCUAUCCUGGUUUACCAGCUAUCUAUACGCCUCGAUCCUUGUACGCUCCGGGAAUGGGAGAACCACUGUAGCAAACUCGAUGCUGACAACAUCGCUUCAGUUCUGGGAGGAACCGCCGGCACAUCAGAGGACACAAGCACUGGUGCGUCAACUUCAAUGCCAUCAUACGUGACGAUGCAAGCCAAAUCCGACAUCCAAGCUAGCAGCUUUUCCAGUCGCAGCUACACAGCAAACUGCAGUAUCCAGUGCACCCUCUUCCAGCGCCAGCAAGCCGAAGCCGUGCGACAAGUGCGACAGAAAAACCUUUGCAUUAACUGUUUGAGAUCGAGUUCCCAUUAUGCCCGGAACUGUUCUGGGUCAAGAUGCCGUACAUGUACCAAGAAGCACCACACGCUUCUUCAUACUGAGCCCUCUGACGACAAUCCCGCUUCUGGUCAAGCCACCGGAUCAACUUGCUGUGUUGCCCUCCAGCCGACUCUCACCGCAGCAUCUGCGCUGCAUGCUCCAAACUCACUGUCACCCCAGUCUGUUUCGCAAGCUCCCAUCCAGCAACCGUCUACCUCUACCUCAAUCGCAAACUUAUCCCACAUUCAUGCGCCUUCCAUGAGUUCUCAGACAGCCCUCGUAUCACAUACUGGUGAAGUGAUUCCUGGAACCGUUUUCCUUCCGACUGCGCUAGUGAAUAUCCGUAACGGUAGAGGUCGCAUCGUUACUGCUCGUUGCUUGCUGGACUGUGCUUCCCAACGCAACUUUGUUUCUGGGGCUCUUUGCGAACGACUGCAGCUUCCUCGCAUCCGAUUGCCGCAUGCUAUCCCGAUAAGCGGAAUCGGAAACACUACAACGCUGGUUGAAUACCAGGCCACGAUAACCAUCUUCUCUCGAGUCACUCCCUUCUCCGUACAAUGCUCCAUGCUCGUUCUGCCUUCCAUUACCGUCAAGCUGCCCCAGUCGACGGUAGAAGCCCGCCACUGGCCGAUUCCAAAGCACGUGGAGCUUGCAGAUCCAACAUUCGCUGUUGCUGGCGACAUCGACAUGAUUCUGGGUGCCGCCCAUUUCUUCCAAAUUCUUCGAUACGGCAGGAUAUCGCUCGGGGAAGAGUUACCGCUUCUGCAGAAUACAGAGUUCGGUUGGGUCGUCUCCGGAGAGUGUUUAUUGGAAAACCACGAUCACAGCGAUCCACGCAAGUGCCAGUUCAGUAAUCCCUGCACAAUCGAUGAAUUGGUCAACCGAUUCUGGCAGCUCGAAGAAGUCCACGAUGCAAAGGGAUGGUCUCCGUCGGAACGAUACUGUGAGGAACAUUUCUUGAAGAACACCACCCGCAACUCCGAAGGCCGCUACGUCGUCAAGCUGCCCAAGCGUGACGAGCUGCUUUGGCAGUUAAAGGACAACAAAUACAACGCCACCCGCCGCUUCUUCUCUCUAGAACGCUCACUCGGUGCGAGUCCCGAUAAGAAGGCGAUGUAUCAGCAGUUCAUCCACGAGUACGUGAGAUUGGGACAUAUGCGGGAGAUUGGCCCCGAUGAAAUCGACGCGCAACCGCAAUACUACCUUCCACACCACGCUGUGAUGAAACUCGACAGCACCACUACAAAGCUUCGUACCGUAUUCGACGCAUCAUGCCGCUCGAAGUCCGGUAUCUCGCUGAACGAUGUCCUGCUUCCUGGUCCCACAAUCCAGGACACUCUCGUGACGAUUGUCCUCCGUUUUCGAAUCCACCAGUUCGUGAUAUCUGCGGACAUUGAAAAAAUGUACCGGCAGAUUUUGGUCCAUCCCACCGACCAACCGCUGCAGCGAAUUCUCUGGCGCGACGAUCCCGAGGCUCCACUGAAGAGCUACCAGCUCCGCACCGUCACAUACGGCACAAGCAGUGCUCCAUUUUUGGCAACUAGGGUGCUGCAGAAGCUCGCCGAUGAUGAAGGGCAACAUUUUCCGCUGGCGGAACCCGCUGCCCGCCACGACUUCUACGUCGACAAUUUGCUGUCUGGUUCUGACGAUGCUGAAUCUCUCGCCGUUACCUGCAACCAGCUCAUUGCAAUGCUCGCAGGCGCAGGACUUCCUCUCCGGCAAUGGUCUUCGAAUUGUCAAGCUAUUCUUGAUACCAUUCCGUUGGAGCUCCGAGAGACGAAAACACUACUCGAUUUGGACCACGAGUCCUCCGUGACUGCACUUGGCCUCCGCUGGGAACCGUCGACCGAUUUUCUUUCGCUCAAGACGCCGAAUUGGAAGGAAUGCACGGUUCUGAACAAACGAACGAUCCUCUCUCAGAUCAGCAGCCUUUUCGACCCCUUAGGUUUGAUUGGACCGACCAUUGCAAAGGCGAAAAUCAUGCUGCAGAGUCUUUGGAAACUCCAUCUCGACUGGGACACACCCGUGGCUAACGGAUUCGCUCACGCAUGGCAGGAAUUUCACCAGAAGCUUUCAGCACUUGCCCACCUUCGAGUUUUUCGCCAUGUGUUACGUCCGGGUUACGACCGCUUGGAGAUUCACGGGUUCAGCGACGCUUCAGAGUCUGCAUAUGGCGCAUGCAUCUAUCUCCGGUCAAUACCUGCCGAGGGCCCUUGUACAGUUCGCCUGGUGAUUUCUAAGUCCAAGGUCGCUCCGAUGGGGACUCAAACCAUUCCACGCCUCGAGCUAUGCGCAGCUCAACUCCUGUCCAGACUUCUUAAACAAGUUCAGGACAGCCUCGACAUAACCGCCACCACAUAUCUGUGGACCGAUUCUUCCAUCGUCUUGAACUGGAUAUCCGCAACUCCAUCGACAUGGAAGACGUUCGUAGCCAACCGAGUGGCUGAAAUCCAAGAGCUGACGUCUCACGCCGUUUGGAAUCACGUCCCAUCCGAAGACAAUCCCGUCGAUCUCGUUUCUCGAGGAAUGGACCUCGAUGAACUCCUCGCUAGUGCACUGUGGUGGAACGGACCGCAGUGGCUAAAACCAAUAUUCGCUCCUUGGCCAGCGAAGUACGUCGUCGUAGCGACCUCAAACUCAGACCAACCGGAGGUCCGACAGACUAUUGCCCUUCCGGUCGUGAGCGUAGAACCGUCAGAUAUCGUCGAUCGCUAUUCCAAUCUUCGUCAGCUACUUCGGAUCGGCACACUUCUUCGGCGUUUCGCCGCUAACUGCCUUCACCGGAAGAAUCACCAACCAAUUCUUGUCGGCCCGUUGACGGCUCUUGACAUUGAUCGCACUCUGCUCAAUCUGGUCCGUCGCAUACAACAGCAGUACUUUGCCAACGAGAUACGCCAACUUGAAACCGUCGGAAAAGUAAACCGUAAAUCCAAACUACGGUAUCUGCACCCGACACUCGUAGACGGCAUUAUUCGUGUCGGCGGCCGGCUUCACAAUGCUGCGAUACCUGUCGACGAAAACACCCGAUCGUCCUCCCCAAACAUCGUCUCACCGACAUGA